AUGAUACAGACCAUACAGGAUGUCAACGACUGUGUACCAUUGUAUCUGCCGCACAGCUUGUAUCUCAAGCCGCUGGCCAAAUUCAACAUCUCCGUUGCAUUGCCCGCCUCAAUCACUGGCAAAACGAUCUCCAACUAUGACGUUAUGGAGAAAAUGCGCCAGAUGAUACUUCCGGACAAGUUCUCCCUGCUAAAGGUCUCGAAGAGCACCGUUGGUUUCAUACGGUUCGAGGGAGAGCUGGAGGACAAGGGCAAGCUGAAAGCCGUACUCUCCCGGCUCGAUGGUCGUCCACUGCGACUGACCGGGUUUGAAGAAUCGGUCAAGGUGCGAGCAUCGGAGGCGAAGGACGAGUUUCCCACACGGCACGAUUGGGAUUCGUUUUUCCGCGAUGCUCGCAAUAUGGACGAGAUGAAGGCGGGCGAACGGCCGGACACGAUCCAUUUCAGCAAUCUGCCGAUCAAGUGGUUCUGUCCGCGUCACGCUGAAAACGAUGACGGGGCUAAGCCAAGCGAGAGCAUCUUCAAACGUAUCUUCGAGAAGUUCGGUGAGGUGCGAGCGGUCGACAUUCCGAUCUGUGAUCCUUACCGGGCACAGAUGAAGGCGCACAUGUCCGGCAUGAAGAAGUUUAGCUUCGAUCAGGAGAUGUACUUUGAAGGGUAUGUGCAGUUUUCCGAGUACGUCGGGUUCGUGAAGGCGAUGGACGAGUUCCGCGGCAUGAAGCUGGUACGCAAGGAGGGCGAGCGCAAUCUGGCCGUUACGAUUGCGGUGGAUUUUGAUCGGACAAAACAUCUAAGCGAUUCGACUGUGAAGAAGCGGCAAAUCGUGCGCGAUCGACUGAUUGGAGCCGAACGGGAGAAGGAAGAGCUAGAGAAGAAGCGGCUGGCGGAGGAAGAAGCACGCAAAGAAUUAGAAAGAAAACGUCAGGACGAGUUGCGCCAGGCCGAAAUCGAAAAGCAACUGCAGCGGGAACAGCGUCGAAAGGAGAAACAUUUGCAAAAGUUGCGCCAGAAAGAAUCGGACGAGAUUAACCAGAAGAUUCGUUUGGAGGAAAAGAAACUGCUGGAAGCACAACGUAAGCUGGAAAGCAUCCGUUUGCUCGAUGCACUUUUCGAUAGAAUGAAGUUAAAACAAUCGUUGGAAAAAGGAAAACAGAAGAGUCUCGUAUCGAGUGACGGCGAAGGAAGCAUCAGCUCCAUAAAAGAUCGCCAAAAGAAGGCCAAUAAGCUAAAGGCGACACAGGAGAAAGAGUUGGAAAAAAUGCGGUUGCGCCUGAAACAGGCAAAAGACGGUAGUGUGCUAAAGAAAGUACUGAGCACCGGGUUGGGCGUAAAGGUGGAACGAUCGCGUUCACCAAGCAUUAACACGAUCAGUUCCGAUGAUGGCAUUCUGAGCGAUACACCGCGCACGAAUACUAAAAAGAAACGUAAAUCUGUAACAAACUCGUCCAAGAAGUCGGGUGGUUCUGGCAUGUCCUCUUCCGGUGGAUCGGGAGAGGAAGAACUGAUGUCUGGAGACGAGAAGGUGAAACGCGAAGAGAUCCCAUCAAUGCAAUCACAGUAUCCGGCCCAAUCAAUGGCGUACGAUCGUUCGGUGGGUUACAGCCAUCCGAUGGUACCGACAGCGAGUUACCCUCCGACUGGCAUGUACCCAGGCAUGGAAUGGGCAGCAAGUAUGAGCUAUCCUUACCCGUACGAUCCAUUCUACGCACAGUACUACAGUUCGAUGGCUUAUCGAGGGGCGUAUCGUACCGCUACCCGUGGACCACGGUAUUCAAGAGGAGGUCCUGGCGGGGGAGGUGUGUCACGGGGUCGGGGCAGCGGAUAUCGUGGCCGUGGUGGGUAUGAUUACUAUCGUGGAGGAGGCCGCGGUGGUGAUGAUUAUGAUGAUGAUCGGUCUUAUUCGCGAUCGAGAUCUCGUUCGCGCUCAAGAUCUCGGCACCGUCGACGAAGUCGCAGCCGAAGCCGACGUUCGCGCUCAAGAAGUAGCCGAAGUCGCAGCCGUAGCCGUAGUCGGAGCAGACGCAGCCGAAGUCGUCGUUCACGGUCUCGGUCCAGCUCACGGUCACGUUCAAGGACACGCUCGAGGUCCCGUACUUCCAAAUCCAACCGCCACAGUCGCAGCCGAUCGAAAUCCCGGUCCCGUUCACAUAGUCACCGACGUAGCAAACGUACUCGUUCCCGAUCGCGCACUCGUUCGGAAGAUCGUUCUAAAAAGAUUGCCGUGCAGAUGUCCAAACCGAUGUCGAAAAAUUUGGUCUCCACCAUUCGUGGCGCAACACCACCGUCCCGAUCACGAUCACGUGGCCAUUCACGAUCCAAGUCCCGAUCUCGGUCACACUCCCGUUCCCGGUCGAACUACAAGCAUCGUUCGUCCCGGAAGCAUCGUUCUUCCCGUUCGCGUCGUGAUGGUUCCGAACGGGAACACUCCAAACCGAAGGAACCUCCCGAACCCAUGGCACCGAUGGUGGGGCCGAUUGGACCGAGAUCCCCACCGGAACCGAUGCCCCAGAUACCUCAAGCAGGGGUACCGAUUGAACAGAAUGGCAUUGGUGGCAGUGCUAUAGAUGACGACGAGGAACCAUCGAUGGUGUCGGAAUCGUUCAAGAAGCAUCGCAUAAUCGUACGCACCGACACACUCGGUGCGAAGACUACAAAGGAAAUCGAGGAGGAAGUUCGAGAGCGUUUGUUGCGACAGCAAAAACAACGUGAGCACGAAAUGCGUAAAGAGCGUGAAUUGCAGAAGCGAAAAGAGGCCGAAGAAGAAGAGGAAGAAGAUGAUGAGGAGGAGGAGGAGGAGGACGAUGAAGAGGACGAAGAUGAAAAUGAGAACGGCGAUCAACCGCAGCGGUCAGCGCAUGCUGUUAAAUCAUCCGCUAGAAGAGCACACAACCAUGGGAAGUCGUUUGAAUCGUCUACGCACGGGAAUGGUCAAAAGCGGAAAGAUGAACUUCGUCGGGAACGGGUCGUUGCGGCACCGGGUCAUCACAACGAUAAACGGCACCGCAUUCGUCGUGCUGACGGACGUUCAAAUGGUGUGAGUGCUCCACGAAGAUCUACAUCUUCUUCCGACUCGGAGGACGAUAAUGAGGAAGACGAGGAGGAAGAGGAUACGUCCGGUAGUAGCAGUGCUGAGGAGGUAGAUCAUAGACGUCGUCGACCAAUAGAGCGCACGCGAAUAAAACAAUCUCCCGACAGUCCUAGGGAGCGACGACGCAGAAGGUUUGAAAAUGUACCAGCAGUAGACAGAAGGCAUGGCAAAAUAAACGCACCGGAAAGCAGGCUUACUGCAAUAGAAGAGAAACGUGCACGUGUUCCAGUUCGGCCACCAUCCGGUUCUACCGCAAGAGGUAGAUCACGCGAGAAGCGCGAUAGUAGCGGAGGCCGCCCGAUCGAUAAGGAUAAUAGUCGCCAGCGUCGAUCGCCCAGUGGUGGUAGAGGCCGACAUGUACAAACGCGCCAGCGUAGCCGUAGCCGGGAACAUCACCGCAAAUCCUCACAUUCACGGCCGGAGGAACAGAAUAACGCGGGAAGCAGUGGCGAUGAGGCGAACACGCGACGCAGAGGAACUGGUGUAUCGGUCGGUACCAGGCACCACGGUGGAUACCGUGGGAAUCGUCGCUCGUAA